ACACGUUGAGAAGGUGUGCCAACCAGCAGCGGCGGCAAUCAACACCCCUCAGUCCCAGAGCGGACGUCGUACCGAACGGACUUAGUGUAUCGACCCGCUACCUAUCUAGACUGACUGGACCAAACUUGAUACUUCACCGCCAACACUGUGCCAAGUUAUCAUACAUAAGUGAAACAAUUACCAGAGAAAACUUUCCGUGCCCGAAAAUAGUGAGUCAUCCACAGGGAGUAGUAAUACACGAACUUGUAAAUUAACUAAAAUACUGCCACAGUAAUAAAUGGCAGAGACUUGUAUUCUGAAAUCCAAACAAAUUGAGAGGUUACGACCAAGCCUUCGGAGACCAAUAGUCAGAAGAGUUAUGUAGACAGUGAUGAACAGUAUUACACCAGCAAUAUAAAGUAUUAUAUGUAUUGCCAAAGCGCUAUGUGAGUGUCCCUGAGGCGUACUACAAACAUAUCAACAGUACAAAGUAUUACCAUAAUACAAGGUCAAGACCCAAGCUCCUCCAACUGACCCAUGAUGACCUACCCAAGAAAUCUUCUCUCCCUUGUCCUUACCGUUGGCACUCUGGUGUGGCGGUUCCCAGCAGUGACUUCACAACUCCUACGAUCAACAUCUCCUGACUCAGAGUUCCUUACACAACCUUCAAAUGUUACUGUCCCAGAGGGUGAGAGAGCCAUCCUCAAGUGCUUAAUUGCAAGACAAACUCAUUUGUGCCGCUGGUACUUCCUCGAGCUGGGCUUGGACUUCUUUGAUAAACGUGUAUCUCCGGUGUUAGUCAAAAACUUUAACCCCUCCCGCUACAAGGACUGCUCCAUCAAAAUCAACAAGGUUCGAAAAAUUCAGGAGGGACAAUGGCUGUGCCAGGCUCUCACAUUUCAGUCUUCAGAAUUCCUACUUUCAAAACCUGCCAUUCUCAGAGUUAUCACUGAGGCUGAGAGUGCCACAUGGGUCCCACCACCAGACCAGCCACAUUUAACUCCUCGGCAAGGUCGCCACGGAAAUGACUCGCACAACAAACCUGAGUUUAACUCUAAUGGAGGAAAAACCUUGAAGACCCAUGUGCUGUUUGAUUCUACUCAUGAAGACUACAUCCAGGAUGUUCCUAUUGGAGAGUCUGCUGUGCUCAAGUGUCAAAUCAACAAACCCAUCUCCUCAUGUUCUUGGAUCAUGCCACAAGGAGAUUUGUUUAAGAUGUCACAAGAUGCAGAACAUUCUAAUAAGCCAUCCAAGAAUAUGAGAGAUUACAGACUGCAGGGUGACACGAGUGAAGGGAACUGUACUUUACAUAUCCGUGAAGUGCGGCAACAGGAUGAAGGGAACUGGCGUUGUGUCGUACGUAUAGGAGAGCAGCAGGAGGAGUUUCAAGGACCCCUUCUGCACUUACAUAUUAUUGACACUGAACAUCCUUCUAGUCACAAUCAUGAAGGAACACCAUUAGUGGCCCCCAAUGAUGAUUCAAUGAAUUUCCUGGUGAUUGGUCUAGUGUUCAUAUCCACCAUCCUCUUCAUCACAGUCAUUACACUUUUCACUUGCUUGUAUCGUCGAAUGAAUACAAACUCUGAAGAAACUAGAAAAAUACUCAACUUUUCUCCCCGUAACAGUAUGGAUUUUCCUUGUAAAACGCUACCCACAACUGACUUUACGACUACUUCAGUUAUGGCCGUAGAACCAAGAAAGAAACUUCCCCCUCAGUACACAGACCUGGAUCACUACAACCAGUAUCUGGACAUGACUGGAGUAGGGUCAAGUGUUGAUGGAUAUAUCAUGAUGCCAGGCUCCAGCAUCAGAUCUUCUGCCUCGUCAAGAACAACACUGUCAACAUUGUCCACUCUCCCUAUUGGCCGUUCUCGGUCUGCCAGUAAUAGUACAACAAUAAGCGCAGAUUCACCUCACGUAAGCACAGUAGUAGACAACCCUUCCUAUGAUCCCGAUGUUGCCGUUGAUCGUAGAGGCUUCAAUCUCUCUCGUCCUCCCUCAACUUACAGUACAUAUCACAUUUAUGAAGAAAUUAAGGAAAAGAAAGAUGAUUCUGCAAAAAUGGAGAAAAUAGUGGAGGCCACAACUCCUGAAUCUCCAACUUACACAAAUACCAUAGAGGACUGCGAGGGUUACAUGAUCCCCAAGAAAAGUUCUUCCAGUGAGGCUCUACCAGUGCCACAACCCCAAGAAACUCUUGAAACUAUUUAUAAGCUUCCAUUACCAGAUCCAACUCAGGACAACACGAGUGGAAAUACUCCAAUCCAAUCCAAAGCAUCAGAUACUGGUCAAGCUCCCCCAUAUUCUCGUAUUGGUGAAAGUGGUCUAGUUCCGGCAAGCCCCAUAACCCAAACUUCAAUAAUUCCUGGCCCAGGAUACUCAAGGGUUGGUACUCCAGGUGACCCCAUGGAGAGGUAUGACACUCCACGUCCCGUCCCCAGUGACCCGAUGGAACAAUACGAUGUGCCACGUCAUCUUCCCUCUGGGGAAAUUCUACAACCAAACAUUCCAGUAACAACAGAGGUCAGUGUGAAUGGCCUUGAAGGUACAAUUGUAUGAACUAUCUGAAGUUCAAGGUUGAAUCUCAAAGAUCUGAAUAAUAGGUCACUAGUCGACUUCUGGAGGAGAAGGUUUUGAUGCCACAAUUGUACUUACAUGAUUAAAUACAGUAUGAAUAUACAGAACUGGAACACUAUUGUUAAAAUAAAGUACAGGCUGACCAUCAAAAAUCCGGCAAUCGAUAAACCAGAACCUUCAGUUUUCCGGCAUGGAUUUCGGAGCGCAUUAUCAAAUAUUUCUUUGUUUAUUUAAUGAAGAUAUAUGUUUUAGCUCAUA